CAUCAUACUUGUAAAACAAACAGAAAAAACAAAAUCCACAUUUCCUUUUUACUCACCUCAACAACAUGGCUGAACUUGUCGUGGAUUUGUCAAGCAGGCUAACAGAGAGGUUGGGCUCGCUUGCUUACAAUGAGAUUUGCUUGGCAUGGGGAGUCAAAACUGAUUUGCAAAAGCUUGAGCGCACCAUGUCCACCAUCAAAAGUGUGCUCUUUGAUGCUGAAGAGAAGCAAGUGAGUGACAAAGGGGUACAAAGUUGGCUGCGACAAGUUAAAGACGUGUUCCGCGACGCUGAAGAUGUGUUGGAUGAGUUUGAGUGCGAAGCUUUGAAGAGGGAAGUUGUAAAAACAUAUUACAGCACUGCGAGAAAGGUACGUCGUUUCUUUUCGAGCUCUAAUCCAAUUGCUUUUCGUCUGAGAGUAGGUCAUGAAAUCAUUGAGAUAAGGGGGAGAUUAGAUGAGCUUAUAGCUAAUAAGGCUAUAUUUGAUCAUCUCACUGAUCAUCAUGAUCAUGAUAGAAAUGUACGGAGCGUGAAUGUGAGGAGGGAGAAUAUGACUCACUCCUUCAUUCCUGCUUCAGAGGUUAUUGGAAGAGACUCUGACAGAGAAGUGAUUGUAGAUCUUCUAAUGCCAAAAGCUGUUGAUCAACAAAGUGGGAAUUCCCAGAGUGUUGUCUCUGUUAUUCCCAUAGUUGGUAUAGGAGGUUUGGGUAAAACCACACUUGCCAAGUUGGUCUACAAUGAUGAAAGAGUCAAAGGGCAUUUCGAUUUGAGGAUGUGGGUGUCGGUGUCAGUGGACUUUGAUAUUCAUAGGUUGAUGGAAAAGAUUCUUAGUUCUGCACUAGGUACAGAAGUCAGUGAGAAGAUGUCUGUGGAUCAAUUACAAGCAAAGCUACGUGAAUCUUUAAAGGAUAAGAAGUAUUUGCUUGUCUUGGAUGAUGUAUGGAAUGAGGAUCGUAGUCAAUGGAGUGACUUGAGAAAUUUGUUGAUAGACGGGAUCAAAUUAGGAAGUAAAAUCUUAGUGACAACCCGUAAUCACUCAGUUGCUUCAAUCAUGGGCACUUUACCAACAUAUAAAUUAGAUGGCCUCUCUUAUGAGCAUUGUUUGUCAUUGUUUACAAAAUGCGCAUUCAAGGAAGGUGAUGAGAAAAGGCUUUCACAUCUCUUUGAAAUUGGAAAAGAGAUUGUGAAGAAGUGCGUAGGGGCUCCCUUGGCGGUGAGAACUUUAGGGAGUCAACUGUUCUCAGAGGCUGAUGAGCGUCGAUGGAAAUUAGUAAGAGAUUCUAAGAUAUGGGAAUUGGAGAGAGAGGGUAGUGGUCAUAUCUUGCCUGCUUUGAGAUUGAGUUAUACUCAAUUGCCUUCAUACUUGAAACCAUGCCUUUCUUAUUGUGCAUAUCUUCGACAUCAAGCAAUUCGAUGUAGUUCUCUAGACUUGAUCCAUUGUUGGAUGGCUCAUGGAAUCCUUCAAUCUCGUGAUAAUGAGAAUAUGGAGAUGGAAGAUGUUGGGGAGCAAUAUUUUAAGGAAUUAUGGGCGAGAUCAUUCUUUGAAAAUGUGAAAAUAGUCGAGGAUAAUUAUGAUAUUCACUAUGAAUUUUCUAUGCAUGAUCUUAUCUAUGACCUUGUACGGUCAAUUGGGCAAGAUGAGUGGUCUGUUGUGGAUUCUGGCACUAAAGGCAUUGUUGAAAAUGUUAGACACUUGUCAUUUUUUGAAUUUGACAACAAACUAAUGGUUUCAACGAUGUUGCAAAAGUUAAAAAAAGUGCGGAGUAUAUAUACAAUAGAAAAAGCGCCUAUCGAUGAAUCCUUCCUUGAUACUUGCUUUUCAAAAUUUAAAUAUUUGAGGGUGCUUCGCUUCGAUGGUUUACCAUUGAAUUUGAAGGAGUUGCCAAGUUCCAUCGGUACACUAAAGCAUUUAAGAUAUAUGUAUUUAGAGACAGGUGAAAUGACAAAACUCCCCAAUGCCAUUUGCAAGUUGCAGAGCUUGCAAGCUCUAACGUUUGGUGUGUGUGAAAAUAUUCAAGAGUUGCCAAGAGAUAUGAGCAACUUGAUCAGCCUCAGACUCCUUUCAAUGACCACCAAAGAAGCAUGUUUUCAAGACAAUGGAGUGGGAUGUUUGAAAUCACUUCGGUUGCUCAUAAUUAACAAUUGUGUUAAUUUAAUCUCUUUGCCCUGCGAGAUGAGUUAUCUUGCUGCAUUGCGGACUUUGAUAUUAGUUGAUUGUGAGCAACUCGAUCUGGUGAGCCAACAUUAUCAAGCAAUUCCAUUGAGGCUCGAAAAGUUGGUUACUGAUGGACUACCACGGAUCACGGAGUUGCCUGAAUGGUUUCGAGGAGCUGCCAGCACCCUACAGUACCUGUACAUUCAAAAUUGUUCCAAUUUGGGUUCAUUACCAGGGUGGCUCACAGAUCUAACAUCACUUAAAAAGCUUGUCCUCAUUGAUUGCCCCAAAUUGGUGUCACUUCCAGAAGGGAUGGAUCGUCUCACUGCCUUGAGAGACUUGAAGAUAGAAGAUUGUCCUGAGUUGGAGAGAAGAUGCAAGCGUGACACUGGUGAAGAUUGGCCAAAGAUUGCUGGUAUUCCAAACCUUUCUAUCUCAGACUCUGAAGAGUGACGACCACAUUUGUUGCUGGGCAGCACCAGAAGCUGAUCAGAGGUUAUUGUAUAGUUGUAUUGUUCGAUGUGUCUCCAUCUUGUACAUAUUGUCCCAUCUUUGGUGUGUUUUUUAUUUUUGUCCUUGCUGUAUUAGGCUGGGAUUCCAG